UGAGUAACUUCAAAAGAACGUCAAAACAGAAACAGUUCAAACAGUUGAAACAGUAGUCUGGUCCGUAAACGUACAUCAGUAAAAGAGAUUAGAUUCAAAUAACGUUUCAACUAUGGAGAACAUAGCGUCGAUUCCUGGCGGCAGUGUUGUGGCCAUGGCCGGAGAUGAAUGCGUGGCCAUUGCUACGGAUCAUAUUAUUGUUUGCGAAGGCGACAAAUACGACUUUGACUUCGGAAAUAUGUUCAAAGUGCAUCCCUUUAUAUAUAUGGCGAUCUCAGGAUGCCAGGAAGAUAUUAUUAGACUGCGCAAUCGCAUGCUGCUACGUAAGAAUAUGUUCGGUAAUUUUACGCCGGAGAUAUAUGCACAAAAUCUGUCAAACUACCUGAAGGAGCCCCGUUUGAAGCCCUAUCAAGUCGAGAGCGUUGUGGCCGGCCUCAACACAGAAACAGUAAUGCCGUUUAUCUGCGGUGUGAAUACGAGUGGAGAACUGAUGAACUCCAAAGACUUUUCGGCGUCCGGAAAGUGCCCGGCAAUUGGUACCAUGUGCAAGGCUCUCUGGAAACCAGAUCUGAAGCCGUCCGAUCUGUUGACAGUGAUAUCCGACUCCAUCAUGGAUGGCUCCGAUCUCAUGGGCGCCGACUGCUGGGGUGCCACUAUCUACGUUGUACACAAGACUUCUGAGAAAAUUGUACUGCUGCCCAAGAAUUAAUCUAUGUGUAAUGUGUAAUGUGUGCGUGUGUGUGUGUGUGUGCCUAAACAAUAACAAUAACAAUAACAAUAAAACAAGAAUACACUAUGAUGCAAAAUUGAAUGUGUGUGGUUCCUAUAGUUCCAACUAUUACGUAUAUGUAGGUGUUCAAUCCUUGCGGCUCCAACAAUACAUAGCCUUUGCAGGUACAUAUAUAAGGAACGGAAAUGGAAU